CCAUGGCGGGGCUGGGGCCCGGCGGCGCGGCGGAGCCGCGGCCGCUGCUGGUGAAAAUCGUCAUGGCCGGAGAGUCCUGCGUGGGGAAGACCUCCAUCGUGCGCAGGUACACGGAGCCCGGCUCGCCUCCCGCCGGCUCUCCCGCCACUUCGUACAUGGCCACGAUCGGCAUUGAUUUUAAAGUAAAGCCUGUAAUGUUUCAUGAUAGAAGAGUGAAACUUCAAAUAUGGGAUACUGCUGGCCAGGAAAGGUUCCAUACACUUAGUACCAGCUAUUUCCGUGGUGCACAAGGCUUUGUUCUUGUAUAUGACAUCACAAAUCUGAAGAGUUUUCAAAGUGUAACAAUGUGGAUGAACGACAUAUAUGAGAAAGCAGGUGAUGAAGUGGACGUAAUACUGUUGGGCAACAAGUGUGAUAAGGAGUCAGAACGGGUAGUUCCAAAACAGAAAGGAGAAAAGCUUGCUUGGGAAUUUGGAAUGCCAUUUUUUGAGACCAGUGCUAAAGAAAAUGUGAACAUUGAGCACGCAUUCUCAGUCUUGACUAAGGAAAUCCUGGAAAAGAAAUCCGGUGUAUUACAUGACUUAGACGUUGUGUCUCUAAAUGAAACUAAGAAGAGAACCUGCUGUGCAUUCUAAAAUACUGUUUCUUAUUCAGUUUUCAGGAAAUAUCAAGUGUUACAAAGGGACAUAUAAGAUUUUAAAAGUGAGCCUGCAAUGCAAAAAUACAGUGUUUAAGCAUCCUUUGUAUUACACAGACAUUGUCACCAAAUGUUUUUAUAUGUUUAUAUUAUAUUUUCAUAUUUUUAAUGUGAAGAUAAAACAGUUAUCUGAUUUAGGAAUUAUUAGGUGCUUCACAGGGUGACCAUGCUUGAAUGUAAAUGUUUGCAGAAAUGAAGUCUAGGUGUACUAAUUUUCUGUUAUUAAAAAACACCCUUCACUUUU